CCCGCUACCCCCGGGGCCGGCCCGGGGCCGCCGCGCCACACGGGAGCCCGGCAGCGCGCCGAGCAGCCGCCCCGCCGCUCCUCCCCGAUCCCCUCAACCUCCGCCCUCCUUCUCACCGGGCUCCCCCGCCCGACCUCAGCCGCUCGGCAACCCGAGCGCCGGAACCGAGCCACCCGUGCCCGGUCCGGUUCGGGAGGUGCCGGGACCGGCCCCGAAAUCGGGCGAGGGGGCCGGGAUGCUGCUCUCGAAAAUUAACUCGUUGGCCCACCUACGUUCUGGGACCGGUGGGGAGCUACACGCCGCUAAACUACAGCCAGGGAAAGAGAAGGAGCCGCUGGAGAAGCUGUACCAGGUGGGCCCGCUGCUGGGGAGCGGUGGCUUCGGCUCCGUUUAUUCGGGUAUCCGCCUUUCAGACAGCACCCCGGUGGCCAUCAAACACGUGGCCCGGGAACGCAUCUCCGAGUGGGGCGAGCUGCCCAGUGGCACCCGUGUGCCGAUGGAGAUCGUGCUGCUGAACAAGGUGGGCUCCGGCUGCCGCGGCAUCAUCCACCUCCUCGACUGGUUCGAGCUGCCCGACAGCUUUGUGUUGGUGCUGGAGCGUCCGGAGCUGUCGCAGGAUCUCUUCGACUUCAUCACGGAGAGGGGGUCCUUGUCGGAGGAGCUGGCGCGGGGGCUUUUCCGUCAGGUGCUGGAGGCCGUGCGGCACUGCCACAGCUGCGGCGUCCUGCACCGUGACAUCAAGGACGAGAACAUCAUCAUCGACCUCGCCACCGGUGAGCUCAAGCUCAUCGACUUCGGCUCCGGCACCUUCCUCAAGGACACAGUCUACACCGAAUUUGACGGAACACGGGUGUACAGUCCGCCGGAGUGGGUCCGCUACCACCGCUACCACGGCCGCUCAGCGACGAUCUGGUCCCUGGGCGUCCUGCUCUAUGACAUGGUCUGUGGCGACGUUCCCUUCGAGCAGGACGAGGACAUCAUCCAGGGCCAGCUCUUCUUCCGACGGCGGAUCUCUCUAGAGUGCCAGCAUCUCAUCAGGUGGUGUUUGUCCAUGCGCCCCUCGGACCGGCCGUCUUUGGAAGACAUUUUCAACCAUUCUUGGCUGCAAGGCAUUCACCUGCCCCAGGAGCCGGCAGAGAUCCACCUGCACAGUUUGAUCCAGGAGCCCGACAAGUAACACCUUCGGGCGCCUCCUGGCCAUAAGAAGCAAAGAAAACCAGACUUCUUCCUCGUGGCCGGAGCACUGAGCAGGGAUCAUCAGACGGGAACACGCACAUCUUGUCCCAGACUGCAUCUGAAUGACCGUGUCUCAUUUGAUGUUUUGCCAGUAAAUUCUUUUUUAGUGGGGUGGGGUGGGGUGGAGUUUGGUUCUGUUUUUGGAGGCUCCCAAGCAUCUUCCUGACCUGCUGAAUUCGGGACUGCGAGAAGAUCCGAGACCUUAUUGCGAGAAAAGCUUCAACAGGGGAAAACUGAUUCGGGGGGAGGGUAGACACCAGGGCCGAAUGGCUGUCUCUUCUCCGCUGUCACCGUGCUCGAGUGCCUUCAGUUGCAAUCUGGGCUGUGCUGGAGGAAAUACUUGAAUUUUCCUACACUGCUGCUUUUCCAAGACUCGCCUGGGUAUAUAGUUCCUUUUCCCUUUUCAAAAUGAAAAAUGGGAAGAUGCUUGGCAGCCAAGCGGGUGAUGCCUCGCCUCCCGUGCCUCCAUCUCGCGUGGAUUUUCUGGGGUUCUUUGCUUCCCUGUGCCCUCACGAAUGCACAAACAAUGCAAACCAACAGAGCUGUAAAUAUGUACAAAGUUAUAUAGGAGCAAAGCUUGAUGUACAGUUGUUAAUAGUGAUGACAUUUUACCCUUUUUUUUCCCCCGUUUUCAUUUUUAAUUUAUUUUCAUGAAGUUCUGUUUUUUAAAGGAAGAGUUCUAGCCGGUAGGAUAACUUAUUUAUUUAUUUAUAAUUCGCGUGGGUUUCUGACCCACGCCUUGCUUCUACAGCUGCUGAUCCCCCGGUUUUCCAUUCGGGUUUUCCCUCCGUGUCUGUCGUGUGUCCAUCCCCCGGGUCCGUAGCGUUUCUGUCGGAUGUCUGGCGGAGGUGCGGAGCGGCUGCCUGCUCCCCAGCUGUCUGUGUACAUAGUUCUGGUUGCUGUUGUUUCCUUGCCACGUGCAGAUCUCAGUUUGCAGAUGAGUUUUGGUUUCCCCCAUGGGUGUCUUGUUUGGGGCUGGGGAGGGGGGAGCCGGCCCGGGCUGUCCGCGUUGUCGAGUCUUUACAUGUAACCAAGUGUGUAGCCGGCGGGGUUUUUUUGUUAAUAGUUAAUAUUGUACAGGGGAGUUCAGAAAUCUUAUUUUUUUUAUGCAGUUUUAAAUAAAAACGAACCACUUGAUGUGA